AUGGCGGCUUCACGGACAGGGAAGAGCGGUCUGCUGGAGAAAUGGAGAAUCGAUGAGAAGCCAGUGAAGAUCGACAAAUGGGACGGAGCCGCGAUCAAGAACUCGCUGGACGACGCGGCCAAAAAGGUCCUGCUGGAGAAGUACCAGUACCAGGAGAACUACUCCCUGGUGGAUGGGAGGUUGUUGAUCUGCACAGUAUCCUGUGUGUUUGCGGUAGUGGCUCUGCUCUGGGACUAUCUGCACCCGUUCCCCGAGUCCAGACCAGUGUUGGCGGCCUGCGUCAUCUCUUACUUCCUGAUGAUGGGGGUCCUGACUCUCUACACUUCGUACAGAGAGAGGAACAUCUUCCUGGUGGCUUUGCAGAAAGACCCAGCGGGUCUGGAUCCGGACCACGUCUGGACCCUGUCCUCCUCCCUUAAGAGGUUUGAUGACCAGUAUUCCCUACGUCUGUCCUUCAUGGCUGGGCGCACACGUUUGACCCGGGAGGUGGAGGUGACCCGCUCUGUGGCAGAGUUCUUCGACGACUCUGGGACUUUGGUCAUGGAUCAUUUUGAGAAGUGUGUUUCCAGGAUGCACGACUCUCUGAGCAGCGACAAGAAGAGCAAGUAA